AUGCCUUAUCCUCUACUGCAUUGCCUCAUCUUCAGCCAUAACAAUCUGUCUUCUGAUUUCCCAGAAAAUGUCUUUCUCCUUCCAAAAUUGAAAACCAUUGACAUCUCCUAUAAUAGCUUUCUGAGUGGCCAGUUUCCAGAGUUUCCAAAACACACAUCUUUGCAAAGAAUUUCACUUUCUCAAACAAAUUUUCAUGGAGAAUUGCCUGAGUCCAUUGGAAAUCUUCAGUCACUGAAAUGUUUUUAUAUUCCUUACUGCAAUCUCUCGGGUUUAAUCCCAUCGUCACUAGCAAACCUCACAAGUAUUAUUGAGUUGAACAUUGGAAACAACAGAUUCGCUGGUUCUUUACCCCCAUUUCGCAAUACAAGUGUUCCAAAUCUCUCGUACCUUGACAUGUCAUCCAAUCUUCUCACCGGUGGAAUUCACUCGUCUCUUUUCACUCUACCAUCUCUGGAAUACUUGUUCCUCAAUGAUAACAAAUUCAGUGGUGAACUUGAGGAGUUCUCUAAUACAUCUUCCUCUGUCUUAGAAGAAUUGUAUUUGAAUGGCAAUCAAUUGAGUGGGGUGGUACCUAAAUCAAUCUUUGAACUUCCUAACCUCAUUGGUCUAUUAUUGGGUUCUAACAAUUUUAAUGGCAGUGUGAAAAUUGAGAUGAUGCAGAAUCUCAAGAACUUGGAAGCUUUAGAUCUCUCUAGCAUUAGUUUGACAGUUGGAGAAAAUGAUGAUAGAAGUUUUCACUUGCCUCAGCUGGAAAGGUUGCAUCUACAGAAGUGCAAUUUAUUUGAUUUCCCGAUUUUCCUUAAGAAUCAGGUACAGCUUAGACAUCUGAACCUUGCCCAUAAUCACAUUCGAGGUUAUGUUCCUAGUUGGCUGGGGAACAACAGCAAUCUCGAGGACUUGGACCUUUCUGGAAAUCAAUUAGAUUUUCUUGAACCGUCUUCAGCUACAGGAAAUAGUUCAUUCAUGUUGCUAAACUCUCUAAGGAUGCAAUCUUGCAACAUUUCUAAGUUCCCCAAGUUCUUGAAAGACCUUGAUUCUUUAUCGUUUCUUGACCUUUCUGAUAACAUGAUAGAUGGUGAAAUACCAAGUGGGAUAUGGAAGAAUCAACUUCAAUUUGUGAAUAUUUCUCAUAAUCUUUUAUCUUGCCUUAAUGAAUUUCCCUCAAAUAUUUCUUUAAAUGUUUUUGCUCUUUAUCUUCAUGGAAAUCGUAUGAAAGGAUCUUUUCCAUCCGGAAUAUGCAAUAUGAGCCUACAAGUUCUUGAUGCAUCAGAUAAUAAUUUGAGUGGUUUGAUUCCUGAGUGCCUGCUCAAUGAUGCACCACUAACUGUCUUGAACUUGCAAGGAAACAGAUAUCAUCAAAUGCCUUAUAAUUUUACAUUAGCAAGAAAUCUUGCUACUCUUAAUAUCAAUGGCAAUCGCUUGAAAGGGAAGCUGCCAAGAUCACUGGCCAAUUGCAAAAUGCUGCAGAUUCUUGAUUUAGGAAACAACAUGAUAUCUGAUACUUUCCCAUUUUGGUUGGAAAAACUCCCUUCACUCAAAGUUCUUAUCUUGCGAAACAACAUGUUUUAUGGUCAAGUGGAGAUUCAUAGCACAAAGUUUGUGCUACCAGGCUUACGCAUAAUUGAUUUUUCCUCCAAUAAUUUCACAGGAAAGUUGUCAACAAAUUUCUUGCAUAGUUUAAGUGCAAUGGCUAUGGUUGGGGAAAACAAAUCACUACCCAGCCUCAUCGGAGAGCAUGAUGAAUACUAUCAUGAUUCAGUGACCAUCGUGAACAAAGGAUAUGAGAUGGUGCUGGUUAAGAUCUUGACAAUAUUUGUGUCUUUGGAUCUGUCAAAUAACAAGUUCCAUGGCAAUGUUCCGGAAGAGAUUGCUGAACUGAAAUCGCUGGUUGUGCUCAACCUGUCACGAAAUUCCUUCGAUGGCCAAAUUCCAACAUCAUUAGGAGUGUUAUCUCAACUAGAGUCUUUAGAUUUCUCAAAGAAUAAAUUCUCAGGGACGAUUCCUCCACAACUCACCAGUCUAACAUUCCUGGAAGUAUUCAACAUGUCUUACAACCAACUAGGUGGCCACAUUCCUUUGGGGAACCAAUUCAAUACUUUCACGAAUAGCUCCAACAUAGGAAAUGCAGGACUGUGUGGAACCCCACUCUCUAGAAAAUGCAGUGAAGAUGAUGAUGUGCCAGUAGCACAUGAUGAAAGCUUGGAAGGUGAAGAAGCCAUGUUUGAUUGGAAGUUUGCAGUUGCAGGAUGUGGGUUUGGGUUAGUUGUUGGGUUAACAAUAGGGUUUACAUUCUUGGCUGAAUGGAUUAUUAAAUGGGUCGUAAAGCAGCAACAGAAGAAGAAGCAGGCAAGAAAGAUCAUGAAGAAAGUGCAGUUAACCGUCCUAAAAUUGAGAAGAUAG